CUAGUACAUAUUAAAAAACACUGAGUAAUAGUUGGUCAGAGAUAUUACUUAUAUACUCGGAUGUUAACAUUGUCUGACUGUGAUCCUGAUAUCGCAUACCUCACCAAUGAUGUCUAUAAGAUAUGGUUAUAUGGUAUGAGAUGUCUGAAUAUUUAAGUUAUGACUACAGACAUAGUAAGGCUGGUGAAGACUUACAUGGCAGCUCGAAGUUAGUAUUAGCUAAAGACAUGAUUUGCUCAACAUUUCGGAACCUGAACAUCUCAGUAGGGAUUGGAUUAGCAACCGCUGGCACUUCAACCAUCUUUCUAAACUCGUUAAGACGGAUGGCUACAACAGCGGAAUUACAAUCUUGAAAUGAUUGUUGCUUCUUGCCACAUCGAAGCCAUUAAGCUCGUUCAUAGUUACCUCCCUAAGAAGAUCUUGGAAUGUGUUUAGGCGAUGAACAUAUACAGAUGUUUGGAUGAGAGAGGACUGCAAAAAAAGAGAUUUGUAAUCAGUAGGAAUACAUUGUAAACAUAGACGACAUAACAACAAAGACUAAGACAUUAACUGCUAUAGAUACAUGAUCAUCAAAGAGAAGCAUAUCAGACGCCCAUUAGUUCACAAGCCUUCUUGACAUUCCUUUCUUAGCAAAAUCAAAUCAGAGUAGGCGUGUGACAACGGUCCGAGUACACGCCCUGGCUUCUGCUUGGAAAGAAAGAUCUUGGAAGAGGCCAUCGUUCUUGCUCGGGUGUGUCUGAUUUAAGGGUAGAGAGGAGCGAUGAAUCUGUGGGAACCAUCAAGCCAGAGAUGCUUAUUUCUAGGUUCGAAAAUCGCGAAGAAGCUGAAGAGGAUGAAGGUUUUGAAGUAAUGAGACGUAGUGGGGGUCGAGUUAACAGAGAUUGAUUGCAAGGUUUAAUGGCUUCAGAUUUAAGUGAGGUGAAGCCGUUACUGAGAAGUAGGGUACGACGAAGAGAAGGCUGGAAAUUGGCUGUGAAGAUAGUGAAUGAGUUUUCCUAGGGUCUGAUAUCAGGUCUAGCUUUGUAUUUUAGAGAAACGGGAUCGAGACUCCCGAUACAAUCCGACCCGUAUCAACAUACUUUUUAUGGGCUGCGAAAUGGUUUAAAUGAGUUGGGAAGGUAACUUAACUUUUUUAUUCCAAGCCCAGUCUGCGAUGAUCUGGCAGAAUGAAUGGUUGAGAAUAUUUUGCACAUGUGGCACCCUUUAUAACAUCCAAAAUUAGUCCCUUUUAUAUAGUGGGAUUAUAAAUGGUUAUAUACAAAUAUAAUUAUAUAUUGAUGGAAUAUUAAAUUUUCGAAAUUAUGCAUCUCCAAUAAUAUUUUGAUGGAACUAAAAGAGAAUUAAAUAGGUUGUUAGGAUUUUAUCAUGAAAAUACAAAAAAAUAAUAUAAGCAAUUUUCUAGGGAUGGUCCAUUUAAAAUAUCACACAUAAAAGAAGUCAUGACUUCUAUUUUAAUAGUAUAGAUAUAUAUAUAGUUUCUAAAAGAAUAUAAAAUGAUUUAUAUAACUUAUAAUUAUAUUAUGAAAGUGUAAUAAUUUUUAAGAGUGUAAAAUACCAAUAUUGAAUUUUUGGAUACAAUACAAAAUUAUAUCCAAUAAUUUAACUUUCUCAAAAAAAAUGUUACACUAUUAUUCUUUAAUUUAAAAUUCCAGAUAUUACAAAGUCAAAGCUGAAGUCUUAAACCCAAAGACCAAAAAUGCCAAACUUGCAAAACCCAUUUCUCCCAAAGUCUUAAACCCUAAAGUCAUUUCAUUUAUCCAACAGUCGACCACUACCACCUUCGUCGACGACGCUUGCAAUGACGCCGUCUCGCCUCUAUCUCCAUUUCCUCCGCCGUUUCUCCACCGCCGUCACAGAUUCCCCAACCACCGCAUCUCCCGCCGCAAUCACCGUCUCCAAAGCCAAGUCCAAACUCCGCAAAGUCCACGAUCCCGACAAGGCCUUGGCGAUCUACAACUCCGUCUCCAGCAACCCCUCAUCCCCUCUCUCCUCCCGCUACGCCAUGGAGCUCACCGUCCGCCGCCUCGCCAGAUCUCACCGCUUCUCCGACGUCGAAGCCUUAAUCGAGUCUCGCAAGAAAGACCCACAAAUCAAAACGGAGUCUUUCCUCUCCACGCUCAUCAGAUCUUACGGACGAGCCUCCAUGUUCGACCACGCUCUGAGGACCUUCGAGGAGAUGGAACAGCUCGGAACGCCCAGAUCCGUCGUCUCAUUCAACGCCUUGCUCGCCGCUUGUCUCCAUUCCGACUUGUUCGAAAGAGUCCCCCAACUGUUCGACGAAAUGCCUCAGAGGUAUCGUAACAUCACUCCUGAUAAAGUCUCUUACGGGAUGUUGAUUAAGUCGUAUUGCGAUGCUGGCUCGGUGGAUAAGGCUAUGGAGACUAUGAGAGUUAUGGAGGAGAAAGGUGUUGAGGUUAACAUCAUUUCUUUCACAACCAUCUUAGGAUCUUUGUAUAAGAACGGGGAAACGGAUGUAGCUGAGAGCUUGUGGAGCGAGAUGGUGAGUAAAGGCUGUGAAUUGGAUAACACGGUUUACAACGUUAGGCUCAUGAACGCUGCGAAGGAGAGCCCUGAGAGAGUCAAGGAGUUGAUGGAAGAGAUGUGUAGUGUGGGGUUGAAGCCUGAUACGAUUAGCUAUAACUAUCUUAUGACUGCUUACUGCGUGAAAGGGAUGAUGGGUGAGGCCAAGAAGGUGUACGAAGGGCUUGAUGAGAAAGAGGGUUGUUGUGCGAAUGCAGCUACGUUUAGGACGUUGAUAUUUCAUCUGUGUAUAAACGGGUUGUAUGAUCAGGGUUUGGUUGUGUUCAAGAAGAGCGCGUUGGUUCACAAGAUUCCGGAUUUCAAGACGUGUAAGCAUUUGACUGAAGGGUUGGUGAGGAAUAAUAGGAUGGAAGAUGCGAGAGGAGUGGCUAGGAUCGUGAAGAAGAAAUACCCUCCGCGUUUGGUAACUGAGUGGAAGAAACUAGAAGAGAGUCUUGGAUUGUAUACAAAGGCCAGUGCUGCUGGUUCUUCCCGAACAAGAGAAGUGUCGGAUCAAGAAAGUGAUGCUGAUGCAUAAAGCUAAAGAAGAUAUGUGUGUUUUUGUUUGUGCUGUCUUGCUUGAUCCAGGAUGCAUUUAUUUUCUCAUGAAUUAGCUGUAAAAGCUACAAAAGUUUCUAGUGUUUUGAAUUUAUAUAAAGAUGAGAACAAUUAUAGCUUGAUAGAGAUAGAAAUAGCAAAGAUUUUGUCUCUACUCUGCAUGUCCUCUCAGUCCAUGUAAUGUAGAUCUAUGUUCAACACACAAUGCUAUUAAUAUUGAAUUCAAAUUUCUUUUCCA